AUGAGGAAACAACCCGAGCAUCUUUGGCAAGGUCCCUGUGACGGGUACACCAACAUAACAGAACCGUGGCGUAACCGCGGCUUCAGGUCCACCUCUUUCCCUGGGUACCCAAAUAACGAUGCUGCUCUCGUCAACAAGUGGGUGCGCUUCUCCGGAAUUGGGGGAGACAGAGUUGUUGCAUCCUGUGUUGGCAUGAAUGUUGGUGGCACUGCGCACACCAUCCAUGUACCAUUUACAUAUCCCACCACUGAGUCCAAGACCCCAACAACAGGGACUGCGUUUGGAAGCACAUAUUCUUGCACCCACACACACGUGUUAGUGAGUGUGGCCCUGUGUGCUGGAAGCAGCUUCUACGUGUACAACCGUUUAAACCACCCCCACAACAAUAUGGGCUACGUAACCUAUCAUUACGUCUGCAAACAGGACUCCUGUGGACCACUUGCUGAGUGUGAUAGUGAAAAUGGUUGCGUUUGCGUCACUGGCUAUGAAAUCCCCCAAACUCACCGACCAGCAGCAGAAUCUUAUGGCUGUGUUGAUGUUGAUGAAUGUCUCUCUAACAUCUGCGGUGAUGAUGGGAAGUGUCAGAACACAGCAGGAAGUUACGCCUGCACGUGCUACAAAGGCUACCACCUUGUACCUGACGCAUCUCCUGUAUGCCAAGAUUUGGAUGAGUGUUUCAACUCCACCGUCUGCGGUCCGGACUCACUCUGCACCAACACAGCUGGAGCUCACACUUGUGUAUGUCAACAGGGGUUCACACCUACCGAGCCCAACACGCGACCGACCGAAACCAACAUCUGUCGAGAUACUGACGAGUGUGCUGUAGAUGCCAACAUCUGUGGUCCUGAUGCCAACUGUACCAACUCCAUUGGAUCGUACGUCUGUACCUGUAAUGCAGGUUACCGGCUGAACAACCCAGAUGUGAUGGCCAGCUUUGCAAACCCCUGUGAAGACGUAGAUGAGUGCAGUGAGACUCCGGGUAUAUGUGGUCACCAAACUGUGUGUAGUAAUUCACCAGGGAAUUUCUAUUGUUCCUGUCCUGAUGGAUUCUACCCUUCAACUGGAAUCUUGUGGGAGACAGGACUCUCCUUUUGUAAAAGUCUUCCAGAUAUUCUUCAGGAAAUAAAUCCCCCGGAAGGCCAGACAAAAGAGAGAGCUUUCCUUGGCAAUAUGGACCAACAGCUGAAGGAUCAUGCUGACGUCAUAUUACCAGCAGCGACUGUAACAAACAGCUUUUCUGCAUCAAUGGAAGUGUCAGGUGUUGGACCACGGGCCACCUUAUCACGCAGGGUCAGUAGUACAGCGGCUGGAGAGACUGGUGGCGUGAUCCUGGCCAUCUCAGAGCGACUGGUUUCUGCUCUGGUGGAACCAUCGCAGAACUCCACCAACAGAACAGUGCAAGGUUCAGCAGUCGAUUUGAAUCUCCAAACUAUUGGUCCAGGAAGCGGCAAUGGGGAGAACGCUCCCCUUACCGUCAAUGGAAACACCAUGAAGAUCAAUCUGCAGGCUCUGGCCAGUAACAACAAUGGUUCAGCAGCAGCUGCAUUCAUGACUCUGAAUGGGAUGGAGAGUCUUCUUAGUCACCAAUACUUUCAGACAGAAAAUAAGACAGAGAUGUAUUCUGAUGUCCUCACUGCCAUCUUGCCUAAAACCAACCACACCAAGCUCUCCCAGCCAGUUAACUUCACCAUUCAACACAAGAGGACAUUGCCUGAGUCUGGCCUAGUGACCUGUGUGUACUGGGUGGACAAAACAGAGGUGAAAGGACAAGGACAGGAGGUUAAAAAAGGAACAGAAACUAAAGAAAAGACCAGACGUUGGUCUGCAGAGGGCUGUUGGGUUGCAUACUCUGAUGAAAACUACACAGUGUGCAGCUGUUCUCACCUCUCCACCUUUGCCCUCAUCCUACAGAUUGGAGAGCCUCCAGCAGAGGAUCCUUUCCUGGAAUGGCUGAACCGAGUGUGUGUCACCAUCGGUCUGUUCUUCUUUACUCUGGCCAUCCUCACCUUCCUCCUGUGUAGCUGGAACCCCAAGAUUAACAAGACCUCCCGUCUUCACCUCUGCAUCAGCCUCGCAUUAUCCCAUCUACUGCUGCUGUGGAAUGACAAAUAUGUCAAAUAUGAGCUGGCUUGCACUGUGAUCGCUGGGCUGCUCCACUUCCUGGUUUUAGCCAGUUUUGUGUGGAUGCUGCUGGAGGCAGUACAACUUCACCUGUUGGUUCGGAGGCUCUCUAAAGUGCAGGUCAUUCAGAGAGACGGGCUCCCCUGGCCAUUCCUCUAUCUGAUUGGCUACGGCGCUCCAUUCGUGAUCGUGGGAGUGUCUGCACUGGUGUACUCUGACGGCUACGGUGCCACAAAGUCACAGGUGUGCUUGCUAUCACAGGUUCGCGAUUUCAACUGGGCUUUGACAGGACCCAUAAUUACUAUCCUUGGACUGAACUGGCUCUUGUUCUGUGCUACUGUCUGGAAUUUGAGACCUACCUUGGCCAACAUGAAGAGUGAUGUAUCACAGUCCAGGGACACCAGACUGAUUGUGUUUAAAAUACUGGCCCAGUUCGUCAUCCUAGGCUGUACCUGGAUACUGGGCCUGUACCAGACCAACCUCUUCUUCCAGGUCCUCUUUAUCAUUCUCAACUCUCAACAGGGCACCUUCCUCUACAUUGUCCACUGCCUGCUUAACAAAGAGGUGCGAGAGGAGUACAUAAAAUGGCUAACCUGGUCUUUUAGAAAACCAGGAGCUCAGGGAUCUGUGAGAGAUGCACCAUCUGUUUCUGAGGAUGUGGACAAGGCUGAAGAAUAG